AUGACGACGAAGACGGAUGCUCUGCGGGACAAGUUGUUGCUCGGGGUGGCAUCAUGGAUGGCGAACCCUCUACCUCAGGUGGGGGCGAAGAGCACCGGGCUAUCAGGUGCGCCAAGAGGGCAGGACGUAUACUCGGCGACCGGCUGCCGUGGUGGGUGUACCUCGUGGGCGCAGGGGUUUGUGUCGUCACUAGCGUCGGUGCAGUUGUAUUUUGGCUACGGGCCGGCUCGUAUGAACCUCGAAGCGGAUCAGCUAGUCGGGGACGUGCCAACCGAAGCAGAGUUGGGAGCAGCCACAGCCGCUCAGAGGAGGUUACAAUCCGCAGGGAGCCUUACCUUCUACCGGGGGAUAGGAUUUUUGACGCGGAAGCAACAGGCCAACGACCGGUAUCAGAGGAGGAUCGCGGCUAUGCGUGCCCCUGAACCACCUGCCGAGGUAGUCCAGGCUGUUCAAGCGGCUAACGAAGCUGUUGUGGCUGCUCUGGAAGGUCCCUUGCCGGGCGAUGGUCAGGCCGCCGGCCCAGCUUUGCCAGUCCCAGAAGCACAAGGAGCCCCACCUGUAAGAGUCGCAAGAGCGGCCGGCAUAGACAACGAGAACUGGAACGCAUACAGUGACACGGUGCCAGUGUAUAGUGUAGGGGUGAACACGUGGGCCGAAGAAGGCGAAGCAGUGCCUUUCAGUUCGCUCUACAACCACAUCGCAGAACGUAUAACCGAUCCCAACGCAACAGGAGCGCUCGGUGCACUCGUUUAA